UGAUGCCUAUUUACAGAGGAUGUUGAAGGAGUGUCGUGUGUCUGGGAUUCAGUCUCUCUUGACUGUGUUUCUGCUCCUCUCGCUGGAACACGAUGUGGUAUGGGGUGAAACAGUAGUGAACAUGCGGAAGGUGACUCACCAGGUAGUACAGGUACCUCUGUCAGGCACUGCUGUGCUGCCUUGCAUCUUCACUUUACGGCCCAGCCCAUCUCAUGAAUCUCAUGACGCCCCUCGCAUUAAGUGGACCAAAAUCUGGGGCCACCAUGGGCUUGAUGGACUACAGAGGGAGCAGUCUGUAUUGGUAGCAAAAGGCAAUGUGGUGAAGGUGAAGAAAGCCUUCCAGGGCCGCGUCAUCCUGCCUGGCUACACAGAGAAUCGCUACAAUGCCAGCCUGGCACUGACAGGCCUGAGAUCCAGCGACUCGGGCAUGUACCGCUGCGAAGUUGUGGUGGGACUUAACGACGAGCAAGACACAGUGCCUCUCCAGGUUACAGGUGUGGUCUUCCACUACCGAGCCCCUCAUGACCGCUAUGCCUUGUCAUUCCCUGAUGCUAAGCAGGCAUGUGCGGAAAACUCUGCAGUGAUCGCCACACCUGGGCAGCUGCAGGCUACUUUCGAUGAUGGAUAUGACAACUGCGAUGCAGGCUGGCUCUCUGACCAGACUGUAAGGUAUCCCAUCCAAUCUCCACGGCCUGGUUGCUAUGGCGACCGGGAAGACUCACCUGGUGUGAGAAACUAUGGCAAUCGCGCCACUGAUGAGCUGUUUGAUGUGUACUGCUUUGCUGAGAGCCUGAAAGGUGAAGUGUUCCAUGCCAGCGUGACAGAUAAGUUGAGUCUGGCCACAGCUUCUACUCACUGUCACGAAUUGGGCGCUCAGCUAGCCACAGUGGGACAGCUUUACCUGGCCUGGCAGGCUGGACUGGAUCGCUGUGACCCAGGCUGGCUGGCUGAUGGUAGCGUGCGCUACCCCAUCAAUCAACCACGGCGCAACUGCGGAGGCGAUGAGCCAGGGGUACGCACUCUCUACCAUAAUCCCAACCGCACCGGCUUUCCUGACACCGCCAGCCUCUUCGAUGCCUACUGCUACAGAGAGAGACAGCCAGAAGCAAAGGCACUUGUGCAGACUUCACAGACUUCAAGCACAAACUCCACAGAUGACUGGGAACAACUCCAACAGAAUGGAGGCUUUCCUCACCCUUCCACCUGGACUGGACUGGUAGAUCUGGAUAAGGAAGAGUUUAAUUCCAUUGCAGACAAUGACACCUCUGAAAUAUCGGGAGAGCAUGUGGUAAUUAAUCUCAGACCUAGUGACAGGCCAGUGAGCCAGGAAAUACAUGUGUCCAAAGAUCAAUCUCAUCCUGUUCUGGAGCUCCACGGGGGUUCAGCAAGAGAGGAACCUGAUGAAAGAGACGUGAAUGAGGACUACAGAUUGUCCCUUGAGCCCUCAUUGACCACACCAUUCUCAUCCACACAGGCUCAAACCAGCAACAGCAUGCUCUUUAACUUUGUUGACUCCAUCGUGAGGCCCUGGAAAUACUGGAAAGGCAAUGCAGAGACAGAGGCCCCUUCAACAGUGUCAAGUCUAUUGAAGGAGACAUCAGAGGAAGUCCAGGCAGACAGGGUGAAGACAGGGGGUGGGCUUAGAGAGAUUAAAGGAAGUAUUGAUAAUGCUAUCUUGGAGCCUGAGAGUGUGGAGCCUUCAACUAAACCCUCCACACCAUAUUCAGAGGAAGGACUUUUAGAGCAGGAAAAAGAGGUGGUUCUGCCAGUAUCAGUAAAUGAGCUGAAGAAUCCCAGCAAAUUCCCAACAGAACCUUCGGUUUCACAACCAACAGCAUCCAGAGGACUAAUUGCGUCAGGACGGAUGGAGGUGAUGAAUCCCACAACUGCAACAAGCCCCUUGGGUUCCAGGAGCAGUUAUGGCUCCAUGCCAGUGCUGGGCAGCCAGCAGGAAUGGGCGCUUCGGUCUCUAAGAGGAUACGCUACUCCAAGCAGUAAUGGGAUCCUUACGACUCAGACCAUUGGAACUGUGGAGACCAAACGAAGGGCAAUGGAACUCGUGACAAUUCCGGUCAUCAGGGACAACCAUGAGAACUAUUCUGGGGAAGGCAAGGAUCAUAUUGAAGAGACUUACUCACUGCCAAAGGUGUCUACAUCACAGUCCACUCCACAAAGAGGGAUUUCAGAAGAGGAUAACGAUGCUGAUGGGAGUGGAGGAAAUGAUUUAUUUAUCAGCAACAGUCAGACAAAAUUGGGUACUCUGGAGGCCUCUGAAGAACAGAAUGUUCUCAUACAAACAACAGUGCAGUGGGAGCGCUUAGAUCUACCAACUGGACAACCCUCUCACAGUGCCAGUGUCUCCAAAGAUGCCACGGCUCCCGAGGAGGCCAGGGGGCAGAUCCUCUACAUGCAUCGUCCUACAGAAACAUCUAGGAAUACUCCUUUUAAAAUGAUCAAAGUGCCUUUGGUCAAGACGAAGCUGAGUCUUGAAAUCCCGUUUGAAAUCCUGACUCCUUAUGCGGCCACCACUUCAGAACUCACCCCAAAAGUUUCGAGUGCUACUGACCAAACGCCAAGCAGCACCACCGUGACGACACUUAACAGUCAGAAUGAAAAUACAGACGCAACCACUGCUGGAGAUGCUGUGUCCACUACAGACCCUGCAAUAUCAGUUACUUGGUUACCAGUGCUUCAAGAAGAAUCUCAAGAACCACAGACACAUGUGUCUACCACAGUGACUACUGUAAGACUUGAGACUAAGAGUAACACAGUUCACCUGACCACACCAUAUGUGAAGGAAACAUCCCAGCAGGCAGAGACUGAACCAGAGACGCAACCAGCUCCUACCACAGGUAGCACAGGUGGAAAUACCACAAGCCAAGCUAAAGUCGACUAUGAAAACAACUCUUCAGCUGAAUCAGCAGAGGAGGAGCCUUGCCAGACGAACCCAUGUCUGCAUGGGGGCAGCUGCUUGAGGGAAGGCGAAGGGUACAGCUGCCUCUGCCCUCUGGGAUUCUACGGAGAGAGCUGCGAGAUCGAUAUUGAUGAAUGUCAGUCAAAUCCAUGUCAGAAUGGAGGCACCUGCAUUGACGAGGUCAACUCUUUUGUAUGCCUGUGUCUACCCAGCUACGGAGGAGCCACAUGUGAAAAAGACACUGAAGGUUGUGAUCAUAACUGGCGGAAGUUCCACGGUCAUUGUUACAGAUACUUCAUUCACCGACUCAGUUGGGAAGAUGCAGAGAAAGAUUGCAGAGAACACAAUGGCCACCUGGCUAGCAUUCACAACAGAGAAGAGCAGGACUUCAUCAACAGUAUGAGCCACGAAAACACUUGGAUUGGUCUGAAUGACAGAACCGUGGAGGAGGAUUUCCACUGGACUGAUAACAUGGAUCUGCAAUAUGAGAACUGGAGGGAGAACCAGCCUGAUAAUUUCUUUGCGGGAGGAGAGGACUGCGUGGUUAUGAUCGCCCAUGAGAAUGGCAAAUGGAACGACGUGCCCUGCAACUACAAGCUGCCCUACAUCUGCAAGAAAGGCACAGUGCUGUGUGGCCCCCCUCCCCUCGUGGACAACGCUUUCCUGAUAGGCCGCAAGCGUUCACACUACGAUAUCCACUCAGUUGUGCGUUAUCAGUGUGCAGAUGGGUUUCUCCAGCGCCAUAUUCCCACCACCAAGUGCCGUGCCAGUGGUAAAUGGGACCAUCCCAAAAUCCUCUGCACAAAGUCUCGGAGGUCCCAUCGCUACAGGCGCCAUCAUCACAAGUCUCAUCAUGAGCGCAGAAAGCACAAGAAGCAUGGCUCAGGCGGUCAUCGGGGUAGACAGGAGGGUCAUGGUCAUUUCUAACCAAAAACAAAACCCAUGCUUCUGUGUCCUAAUGAAGUUCUCCUUGUUCCUGCACUGUCUGAAACAUACGGUUUCCUUCAUCAGCCUCUAUCCCUCAAACCUGUGAUCAAAGGGUCGCUGUUAGACUCCACAUAGACUAUAAUGACUACAAUGUUUCUUUUUUUUUUUUUGUCAACUUCACUCUGUUAAUCUGUCCAGCAUUUUACUGUACCUAAAAUGAGCCUAUUCAAGGGAGUUCAUUCAUACCCCUAGGGGUUGAAAACUCUUUUUGGUCAUGUACUGUACUUUUACAUAAGCAGGUAUAAGAGGUGGCAGUUUGGUACAAAAGUGUGCUAAAUUUCAUUUUAAAAUGCAGAAUACAAAUCAACAGAAACCACGCUCAUGUUUUACUAUCAUAAAUCUUUCAUAUAUUGAGAACAUUUCUUGAUCUUUGUUAACUUUGGUUAGCAGUUUGUAAGGCAUUAUCUUAACUAAAUAAUAAUUCUGAAUAGGUUGUUGUGAUUUCAUUAAGAGGAGUAAUGAUUAUUCUGAUUUAGAAAGAUUGCUUAGCGUUGUUUUGUCUUAGUGUUUAAAAUCUUUUACCACAGCAGCAACACAGAGGAAUUUUUUUCUUUCACUGUUUCUACUUCAAAGAUCAGCAAAUUAAAUAAAAGGAUAGGUGGGCCAGAAAUCAGUCACAUUAAUUGCACUAUUCAACAUUUACAUUUUUAACAUGUACUGAGUAAUUCCUAAAUGGAUAUUAGCCAAAAUCCCUUGAUUAGCAUGAUGCCAGUAAUCAAAAAUCAUUGCACAGUAGGUAUAUUAUCUUUGGAUAAACCAAGACCAUGCAGAGCCUAUUUUCCCCAAAGCAUUUAAAAGUUAAGAUCAUCUUGACUGGUAGAGAGAGUGUUUUAAUGCUCCACCAUUGUGAUGCUUUUGGGAAACUCAGGCCAGAAUUACUCAUGCGGUUGCACAAUUUAUUUGGAAAUAUAUAAAGGGUUCUUUUCUCAAUACUUUCAUUUUAUCUUAAAAGCAACAGGUCUCUUAAAACUGGUUGUAUUGUGUAAUGCCUUUCUUUAUUGCAUUUACAGUUUCUAGAAUUCAUCACACAAUACUCAAGCAUUUCCCAA